ACCCCAGCCCCGCCCGGAGGCGGCCCCGCGGCCCCUGCUAGCCCGGGGCGGGCGGCCACUGCUCCCCUACUCCUUCCCUCCGCAUUCUGGGCCUCGGAGCCGCAGUGAGGAGCAUGAGUCCCUGGAGCUGGUUCCUGCUGCAGACCCUCUGCCUCCUGUCCACGGGCGCAGCUCCGCCGCGCGCUGCGCCCGGUGCCGCCAACUGCGAUCUCAAGUCCCAACAAAGUGAGUUGAAUUCUUUUUUGUGGACCAUUAAGCGAGACCCGCCAUCUUACUUCUUUGGCACGAUCCAUGUCCCGUACACCCGGGUCUGGGACUUCAUCCCCGACAACUCUAAGGAGGCUUUCCUGCAGAGCAGCAUUGUGUACUUUGAGUUGGACCUCACAGACCCCUAUACUAUCUCAGCUCUCACCAGCUGUCAGAUGCUGCCGCAGGGUGAGAACCUCCAAGACGUGCUCCCCAGGGACAUCUACUGUCGCCUCAAGCGCCACCUGGAGUAUGUCAAGCUCAUGAUGCCCUUGUGGAUGACCCCAGACCAGCACGGCAAGGGGCUCUACGCAGACUACCUCUUCAAUGCCAUUGCCGGAAACUGGGAGCGCAAGAGGCCUGUCUGGGUGAUGCUCAUGGUCAACUCCCUGACUGAAGUGGACAUUAAGUCCCGUGGGGUGCCUGUCUUAGACUUGUUCCUUGCCCAGGAGGCUGAGAGGCUGAAGAAACAGACUGGGGCAGUGGAAAAGGUGGAAGAGCAGUGCCAUCCAUUGAAUGGGUUGAACUUUUCACAGGUCAUCUUUGCUUUGAACCAGACCCUCCUGCAGCAGGAAAGCCUGCGAGCGGGCAGUCUUCAGAUCCCCUACACGACGGAGGAUCUCAUCAAACACUAUAACUGCGGGGACCUCAGCUCCGUCAUCCUCAGCCAUGACAGCUCCCAGGUUCCCAAUUUUAUUAAUGCCACACUACCACCUCAGGAGCGCAUCACUGCUCAGGAGAUUGACAGCUACUUACGCCAGGAGCUGAUCUACAAGCGGAAUGAGAGAAUAGGGAAGCGGGUGAAGGCCCUUUUGGAGGAGUUCCCUGACAAAGGCUUCUUCUUUGCCUUUGGAGCUGCUUCACAGUAGCCUUGAAAGUUAGGAGCCUUGAACUACAGUAGCUGUGAAAACCAUUUGCCUAAUGGUUACUGGAGGGGACAGAAUGGGUUCAGAGUUCCUCCAAAGCUCCAUCCUCAAAGAAUCAUCACUAUUUGAUAUAACUAAUAGCUCCCUAAAAGUUCCAUUUCCAAGCUUGUCUUCAUUUGACCUGACUCAGAGCUUGCUCUGUGUGAAUAGCCGUAUUCUUAGGGUGUUUGUUGAAAACAAUCAGUGAUAGCUGUUUAACAUCAUAGUUGCUGGAAAUUGCAAUAUUAAUUGAAACUACAAGGGGCUGCCCAAAAAACUUAAAAGGAAAAUCCCAUAGGGGAUUUUUAAAAGCUCUAACGUAUUCCUAGAAAGCCACAUGCAUGAGAAGGGCUGUGCACAUGCCCAGGAGAGACCUGAGGAGGUCCUAAUCUCUCACCUCUGGCUGCUCUUGAGGCUCUGUGCAAGCAGAAUGUGAAAGCUAAGGAAGGGUCAUAAAUUGCCUGCAUAACAUCAAAGACAUGCCCCAAAACUCACACAGCUCCUCUGCGAAGGCUGGGAAACUUAAGGAAUUUAAGGAAAUCUCUGUUUAGUCAUUAGCCAGCCACUAAGCUAACUGAGCAGAUCCUUCAGUGAUCAUACAUGCAACAAAGAAUACAGACCUUAGAGACUUAGUACUGGAAAAUCACUAAACAAACAGCAACAACAAUGUACCUGGAAAGAGGGGAUAGGAGAUAAUGAGUUCCAGAGUUGGUGUGUUAAAAUUAUUUAAUGUCUGGUUUUCAAUGAAAACAAUUAUAAGACAC